GACCACUUCCUCUUUUAUCGCUCUGAAGAUAGGAACUGCCCCAGGGCAGUCAGAAGAGAUGGGCAGAUUCCAGGCUGUGGUAGCCCUGCUUCCCGCGCAGGCCAGGGAGUGCUGAGGGCGCUGACCGCUUGCCCUCCUCCCUGCUUCUGGGGUAGCUGAGGACCACCUUGCAGGCUAGCAGAAUGGAGCAAGCCUGUGCGAAGCAGGACUCAGUGUGCAACCUGGUGGCUGUGUUUGAGAACAGCAGGGCAAGUUUCACUUCUGGAGUUGAGCAGCUUGACCCUGCCUCUCCAGGAGCCUGGCUGGACUCAUUCUAUUCAGCACCUGGGACAGCUCUUGGCCACGGCCUUCCUUGGACCACCACCCCAGAUGUGGGGGACCACCACACUCAGAGUGCUGGAGGGUCUCCGGGAGCAGCACCUGGACCCCAUAGUUUUGAGGACCAGCCCCAUAGCCCUGAACAUCAGCUGCCCCUGUCCCCAGAGCCUUGGGAGGCACCCCCUGCCGGGGAGGCCUUGACGUCUGAGUUCCGGCCAGUCAGCAGGACAUAUCUGAAUUCCCUCAAGAAUAAGCUAUCGAGUGGGGCUUGGAGGAAAUCCUGCCAACCUGGGGCCAGUCCAGGGCCGGAGACUCAGGAACCUGAGGAGAAGAGGGUCGUGCAGGAGCUUCUGGAGACGGAGCAGGCCUACGUGGCUCGCCUGCACUUGCUUGACCAGGUGUUCUUCCAGGAGCUGCUGAGGGAGGCGAGCCGUAGCAAGGCCUUCCCUGAGGACGUGGUGAAGCUCAUCUUCUCCAAUAUCUCCUCCAUCUACCGUUUCCACGCACAGUUCUUCCUCCCGGAGCUGCAGAGGCGCGUGGAUGACUGGACAGCCACACCACGCAUCGGGGAUGUGAUCCAGAAACUGGCCCCCUUUCUGAAAAUGUACAGCGAGUACGUGAAGAACUUUGAGCGGGCGGCAGAACUGCUGGCCACCUGGAUGGACAAGUCACAGCCCUUCCAGGAGGUGGUCACCCGCAUCCAGCGCAGUGAGGCCUCCGGCAGCCUGACCCUGCAGCACCACAUGUUGGAACCUGUGCAGAGAAUCCCACGGUACGAACUGCUGCUCAAGGAAUAUGUGCAGAAGCUGCCAGCCCAGGCCCCAGACCUCGAAGAUGCCCAGAGAGCGCUGGACAUGAUCUUCUCAGCCGCACAGCACUCGAACGCAGCCAUUGCUGAGAUGGAGCGGCUGCAGGGCCUGUGGGAUGUGUACCAGCGCCUGGGCCUGGAGGAUGACAUUGUGGACCCUUCCAACACCCUGCUCCGAGAGGGCCCUGUUCUCAAGAUCUCUUUCCGCCGCAGCGACCCAAUGGAGCGCUACCUGGUUUUGUUCAACAACAUGCUUCUGUACUGCGUGCCCCGGGUCCUCCAAGUGGGUGCCCAGUUCCAGGUGAGGACCCGCAUCGACGUGGCUGGCAUGAAGGUGCGGGAGCUGACGGACGCUGAGUUCCCGCACUCCUUCCUGGUAUCCGGCAAGCAGAGAACGUUGGAGCUGCAGGCCCGGUCUCGAGAGGAAAUGGUUUCUUGGAUACAGGCCUGCCAGGCAGCUAUUGACCAAGUCGAGAAGCGAAGUGAAACCUUCAAGGCUGCUGUCCAGGGACCUCAGGGGGACACACAGGAGCCCAAGCCACAGGCAGAGGAGCUGGGUCUCCGAGCACCUCAGUGGGUCCGAGACAAGAUGGUGACCAUGUGUAUGCGCUGCCAGGAGCCCUUCAAUGCCCUGACUCGUCGGCGUCACCACUGCCGGGCUUGUGGCUACGUAGUGUGUGCAAAGUGUUCUGACUACCGUGCGGAGCUGAAAUAUGACGGCAACAGGCCCAACCGAGUCUGCCUGACCUGCUACACGUUCCUCACCGGAAACCUGCUCCCUGACAGCAAGGAGGACAAGAGGCGAGGCAUCUUGGAGAAAGAGACCUCCGCAGGGCCCGACCAGAGUGUGGUGUGCAGUUUCCUGCAGCUCAUGGGGGACAAGAGUAUCAGGAGCAUUCCCCGGAGCUGGUGUGUGAUCCCCCGGGAUGACCCGCUUGUGCUGUAUGUCUAUGCAGCCCCCCAGGACAUGAAGGCUCACACCUCCAUCCCCUUGCUGGGUUAUCAGGUGACUUCAGGGCCCCAGGGGGACCCUCGGGUUUUCCAGCUGCAACAGUCAGGCCAGCAGUACACCUUCAAGGCUGAGUCUGUGGAGCUGCAGGGCCGCUGGGUGAGAGCUAUCAAGCGUGCGGCCAGCGGCUGGACCCCCGAGGGACCUGACGAAGAAGACAUGUCUGACUGACUGAACCACAGCUGGCUGCUCAUCGAGAACCUUGUCCAUGACAGUUUUCCCACGGCUCUGUCAUUUUACCCCAGGCUACCCCUGACCCAUCUGUUGUCCAUACCAAGAUGAUUCGUCUGACUCUGCAUCCAGCAGACAUGGGUCCUUUCCUUCAGGAAGGCACACAUGUCCCAGCCGGCUUGGGGGCUGAAGACUGGGGAGGAGGGUGUCCCCAGACCACGCUAAAAUGGAGAAGUAUGACCUACGUCGCAGUUUAAUGGGUAGCGUGCCGGCCUAGCAUGCAUAAAACCCUGGGUUCAUUCCUCAGCAACAUAAACCGGGCAUGGUAAUACAUGCCAACACUUGGAUGGGUAGAGGAAGGAGAACGAAAAGUCGAGGUUACCCUUGGCUACAUAGUUAAGGUCUAACAUGGGCUACAUGAGAAACUCAGCGCAUGCGCACUCGCGCAAACACACAUACACAUCAAAGUAAAAUAUGAAAAGUGCCAGUAACCAGGACCGUCGGUGCCCUGGUGAGGGUAUGAGCCUGGCUGUGAGUCGGUCACCUAGGAAGCUUUAAAAGGGUCCAGGGGAAAAAAGAGACACCAACUAACUUUGAAAUUAAACAAUGUCCCUGUCUAUUCA